AUGGCCGUGCCGGGAUCCCGCACCGUUCGGGCUGCCCUCUGUGGCGGCUGCUGCUGCCUCCUCCUGUGUGCCCAGCUUGCUGUGGCUGGUAAAGGAGCUCGAGGCUUUGGGCGAGGAGCCCUGAUCCGCCUGAACAUCUGGCCAGCUGUCCAAGGAGGCUGCAAACAACUGGAGUUUUGUGAGCAUUGUGUGGAGGGGGACAGAGCGCACAACCUCUCGGGCUGUGUGUGGGAACAGUGUCAGCCAGAGGAGCCAGGACACUGUGUGGCCCCAGCCGAGGUGGUCAAGGAAGGUUGCUCUGUCUAUAACCGCUCAGAGUCGUGUCCAGCUGCCCACCACCACCCCACUGAUGAACCGAAGAUGAUCACAACAGGGAGCCCCUCGGUCCCUGAAGCCCAUAGCCCUGGCUUUGAUGGGGCCAGCUUUAUCGGGGGUGUCGUGCUGGUGCUAAGCCUGCAGGCAGUAGCUUUCUUUGUGCUGCGCUUCCUCAAAGCCAAGGACAGCACCUAUCAGACACUGUGA